UGAGAACAUCGUGUUUAAUUAUAAGGCGUCCGUCACGUCACUUUUCUUUGAAAGAGGACAGGCCGAUGCGUCGCGACACCACUUUGCCUCCCAACAUCAUCAUGGCGUCCCUCAUCACCCUCGUACGCAACAGGUUCCUGGAAGCCAUCCGAUCCGUCAACCCACCCGGAAGGUGGAAGAUCCUGGUCGUUGACGAAUUCUCGCAGAAGCUGCUGGGCGCAGUUCUCAAGCAGUUUGAUAUCCUUGAGGAGAAUGUCACUUGGAUCGAAUCAAUUUCGAGCAACCGCGAGCCCCAACCCGACUUCGAGGCGAUGUACCUGCUCAUGCCCACGACGCAGAACGUGAACCGUAUCAUCAGAGACUUCACGAACCACAAACAGUAUGCUGCCGCUCAUCUGUUCUUCAUGGAAGGUCUGCCGGAGCCACUGUUUGAGCGCUUGACGUCAUCUCCCGCGGAACCUCAUCUGCAGGCACUAAAAGAAGUGUUCCUGAACUUCAAUGGCGUCGAGGCGCAGACGUUCUCGCUACAGGAGCCGAGUUACUUCUUCAGCAUGUACAGUCCACCUCGAACGGAAGCCGCAUAUAAACUUGCGCGUUUACGCCUGGAAGAGGAUUUGCGCUUCGCUGCGAAAGCGGUCUCAAAUGUUUGCAUCGCCCUUAAUGAGUUCCCUUACAUACGAUAUUAUAUGCCCUCCGGUCACCUUCCUCUGGGUCCGUUGAAACCUGUCGCCCAGAACAGACCUCCGCCACCAUCAGAGGGAGCAAGCAGAUGGCGCACGAACUUGGCACGGGGUGCGGAAGCACGAGCAUAUGAGUCCGUUGAAACCGACUUCGUCACGAAACUUUUGGCGUUCAUGGUUCAGAACAACCUGGAAGACCAUAAGAAACUGAAUCCGGAUUUCGGAGAACCGGAUGCUAGCCGACCGAGAGCAACUCUGAUAGUUACGGAUCGCUCGAUGGAUAUGAUUGCUCCCCUGCUACACGAAUUCACGUAUCAGGCGAUGGCGAACGACCUCCUACCUAUCGAUAAUGGGUCAAAAUACUCGUACAAAUUCCAAUCAUCGUUGGGUGCAUAUGAAGACAAGGUGGCCACUCUCUCAGAUUCCGAUUCAGUUUGGACGGCUGUUCGACACCUGCAUAUGAGAGAAACAAUCGACAAGCUCAUGGCCGACUUCAAUAAAUUCCUGGAGGAGAAUGCAGUCUUCAAAGGGGAGGGUGCCGCCAACUUGAAUGACAUGAAAGAAAUGCUCGCCAACCUUCCACAAUUCCAAGAGCAACGAGAGAAGGUCUCACUCCAUCUCAGCAUGGCGCAAGAUUGUAUGGCUAUGUUUGAGAAGGAAAAGCUUUCAGAUCUUGCCUCUGUCGAGCAAGGUUGUGCCACCGGUUUGAAUGCUGAAGGGAAAUCGCCAAAAGGUUUGGUGGAGGAGAUGGUUCCCUUACUGGAUAGCAGAGAGGUUAUGAACAUGAACAAAGUUCGGAUCAUUGCGCUGUACAUCCAGUAUCGCGAUGGUGUUCCAGAUGAGGACCGUCGACGACUAUAUCAACACGCCAGACUACCGCUAGCUGAACAAGAUGCCGUUAACGCUCUAGUGCACUUCGGUGUCCGGCUUACUAGAGGACCGAACGACAAGGAUACCAAGAAGAGAAUCAAGCAGAAACCAAGUGGAGAUGAGUACGAACUGUCACGCUUCAAACCUGCACUCAAAAGUGUUCUCGAGGACCAAAUAGGCGACAAACUUGAUUCCACGAUGUUCCCAUAUGUUAGAGAAGCCCCAUCGUCAAUGCCUCUAUCUCCUAGGUCUCCUCCGCCUCAGACGACGUCACUUCGCAGUCAGAAGCCCGCAUGGCACAGGGCACCGAAAGCAGCGACAGUGGCGGACAAUCGCCAGCGCUUGAUCGUUUUCGUUGCCGGAGGAGUGACAUAUUCAGAAAUGCGCGAGGUUUACCAACUUUCUAGCUCGCUACAGAAGGAUAUAUACAUCGGUUCUACACAUGUUGUUACACCGAAAGGAUUUAUCGACGAUCUGAAAGUUCUCGAGCUCGGAGGCGCCGGCUCGAAAGCGAUACCAAACGGGCUGCGGGAAAUGAGAGGAGAACCCAAGUCUAUGCAAGAUUUGUAUGACAACAAGUACUAUACCCCAGACGCCGCACCACCUCCACGACAGCAACCCCCAAAGGGUCUGGCCCCUCCACGGCGUGUAGAACCGGUUGCUCCCAUCCAACCUUCUCCUACGAACUCUUUCCAGGGCUCGGUGAACUCUAUGACACCCUCUGGAAAGGACAAGGACGAGAAGAAGAAGAAGCGAGGCUUUUUCCAUUUUGGUUAAC